AUGAAAAUCAAAGCCCUUUCCCGCUCUGUGGCUUCCCAGCAGGCCCCCGGGUCUUCGACUGUCCGCCAGUCUCGCAAUCUUGACCCAUCUCAGCAUCCUUUUGAGCGGGCUCGUGAGUAUACUCGAGCUCUCAAUGCAGUCAAAAUGGAGCGCAUGUUUGCCUCUCCUUUUGUAGGGCAAAUGGGAGAAGGUCAUGUCGACGGUGUCUACACUAUGGCUAAAGACCCCGGCUCUCUCGAGCGCUUUGCAAGUGGUAGUGGCGACGGCGUGGUGAAAGUGUGGGACUUGACGACUCGCGAAGAAAUUUGGAAUACUCAAGGACACGAGAAUAUUGUAAAAGGAGUGUGCUGGACGCCUGAUCGGAAACUUCUUUCUUGUGCAAGCGACAAGACCAUCAAACUCUGGGACCCAUAUAACUCAACUCCCGAGGCUCCCCCAAUGGCCAGUUACUUGGGCUCCGGUGCAUUUACUGCGCUUUCGCACCACCGUGACCAUACAUCUUUCGCCGCCGCCUCGUCCAUGAUAUCCAUCUAUGAUCUCUCCCGUCCUUCAUCCACGCCCUCUCAGACUUUGCAUUGGCCGACAAGCGUUGACACAAUCACCUCGCUUGCUUUUAACCAGACCGAGACAUCAAUUCUUGGAUCCACCGCCAUUGAUCGGUCUAUCAUCAUGUACGACCUACGGACUUCAUCACCAGUACAUAAGUUGGUCUUGAAGCUGGCAUCCAAUGCCAUUGCAUGGAAUCCUAUGGAGGCUUUCAACUUCGCAGUUGCCAAUGAAGACCAUAAUGCUUAUAUCUUUGAUAUGCGAAAGAUGGAUCGAGCUCUAAAUGUGUUGAAGGAUCAUGUUGCUGCUGUGAUGGACGUUGAAUUCAGUCCCACUGGUGAGGAACUAGUGACUGCGUCGUAUGAUCGGACCGUUCGUCUUUGGGACCGAAACCGCGGCCACUCUCGUGACAUUUACCACACGAAGCGGAUGCAACGUGUUUUCUCCGUUAAAUUCACGCCCGACAGCAAGUACGUCUUGUCUGGAUCUGAUGACGGCAAUGUUCGUUUGUGGCGGGCCCAUGCUUCCGAUCGCAGCGGUAUCAAGAGCGCGCGCCAGCGUACGAAGUUGGAAUAUGAUCAAGCCCUCAUCAAGCGGUAUGGCCACAUGCCCGAGAUCCGUCGUAUCAAGCGCCAGCGCCAUCUGCCGAAGCCUAUUAAGAAGGCUGGUGAGAUUAAGCGCGACGAGCUGGGUGCUAUCAAGAGACGUGAGGAGAAUGUGCGCAAACAUACCAGCAAGGCCAACCUCAAGUCGAGACAGAGUGAGCGUGAGAAGAUGAUCUUGACCCGCGAGCAGUAA